CAUAUAAUCGGGAACCCUAGUUCUUUUCUUGUCCAAUUUUCUAGUCUCCAUCGUAUCCUAAAGUUGUCAUAAUUCUUAUAAUUGAUCUUUGUCAAGCCCUUCAAAUCCCAGUUACAUAUCUGAUUCAGUGAUUCGGAUUCUCGAGUGACCGAGUUCAAAGAUGCCGGAGUUGGGGAAGCUUGUUGCUUUCUUUGAUUUCAAAGACGGUAGGGAUGGGUUGCUGCAUUUCAGUGGAAUGACAGCGUGUUCUGAGACGCUGUCAGUUAUUACUCGACACCGGUUUUGCGUUCAAGCUACUGAUAACACUGGUAAACCAGCAAGUACCACUCCAGCUCGGGACAAAAACAAACCUACAUUAGAUAGAUAUUACAAGUCUGUCUACUUUAUCCUCCACGACAAAUUCUGGAUUGGCCACGGCCUAGUCAAUUCUGAUUGGGCAAAGUUGGAAGAAGAAUUUAAUCAUAUUGGGAAACCAUCUCCUAAGCCCAAAGGAAUAAUUGAUACAGUUCCCUUCAUUUCGUCUGGGACCAAGCUGGCCCAACUUGCUGUACUCUUUGGCUUGGGUGAGCCAUCACUUGGGUACUAUAACAAUUGCGAAGAAAAUUACGAUGCUAUCAAGCAAUGCAGAGACGCGAUGCCAAUUUUAGAUAUGGAGACGGAGAAGGAUAUGGGGAGUAAUAUCUAUCCCAUGAUUUCUCAUCUGAGGAAAUUUCAGCAGCCACCAGAAAAAGCAACAACUAAAUCAGCAAGGGGUAGUGAACCAAGAAAAAGUCAAAAACUGGAGGGAAAAGAGAAUCCCCCUCGGAAAUCUUUAGCUGAAUCUCCAUCUUCUCUAGAAGAGAGAUUGACCUGGAGUGGUGUCGAUCGACACCAAGGUGGUGGUAUCGAUCGACACAAAGUGGUGGUAUUGAUCGACACAGGUCGCAUGAUUUUGUUAGUGUCGACCGAUACCAGGUAG